GAACACGAUGAGGCGUCGGUGGAGGCGCUCUUCGCUGGGCAGUCGCCGGCGCCGUGGUGGCGGCAGGUGACGGUGCGUUCCGUGACGGCGAGUGUGUUCGUGGGCGCCGUGUUCAGCUUCAUGUCGAUGAGGAUGGGGCUGACCAUCGGCCUGGUGCCGUCCUUCAACAUGUCGGCGAGCCUGGUGAGCUUCUUCGUGAUCAGCUCGUGGACGCGGCUGCUGGGCCGCUGCGGCGUGGCCACCCAGCCCUUCACCCGCCAGGAGAACGUGGUGGUGCAGACCUGCGUCAUCGCCUGCGCCACGCUGUCGCUCUACGGCGGCUUCACGUCCUUCCUGCCGGCCAUGUCGCCGCCCGUGGCGAAAUCGGCCGGGGCCCCGGGGACGGGCAACAACGUGUACACGCUGCAUCUCGGCAAGAUGAUGGCGUUCAGCUUCCUCACCGGCUUCACCAGCUUGUUCAUCACGCUCCCCUUGACCAAGGUCAUGAUCCUGGACUACAAGCUGCUGUUCCCAUCGGGGUCGGCCAUAGCUGGGCUUGUCAACAGCUUCCACACGCCAGCGGGAGCAGCAACAGCAAAGUAAACACACGCAUGCAAACGCAAUGCAGCAUCUUUAGUUUUCAAUCAAAUAGCAAUAACCAAUGCAAGAUUAGUUUCUAAUGGCAAGCCACAUAAAUAAUAAAAGAUUGCAGAUAGCCACUCUGCUGCGAUCUCUAGGCGGGAGCUUCAGCUGGGCGGUGUUCCAGUGGUUCUACACGGGAGGCGACGGCUGCGGCUUCCAGGCUUUCCCUCUCUUCGGCCUCGAGGCCUACAAGAAGCGCUUCUACUUCGACUUCUCUCCAAGCCUCGUGGGCAUCGGCAUGAUCUGCCCUCCCAUGGUCAACUUCUCGCUGCUCUUGGGCGCCGUCGUGUCCUCCGCGAUCCUCUGGCCCAUCCUGCAGGGCAAGCGAGGGGAAUGGUACGACGCCGACGCCUCGCCAUCCAGCCUCAGAGGGCUGAACGGGUACAAGGUGCCCAUGGGCAUCUCCUUGGUGCUCGGGGACUGCCUCUUCCAGCUGGCUGCCGUCAGCAUCAGGGCAGCGCGGGGCUUCCAUCACCGCCGUCAGCAUCAGCAGGAUGAAGAUGACGGUGGUCAGCAGUCCCUGUCGUACGACGACCGGCGCAGGAUCCACAACUUCCAGAGCGAGGGGAUGCCCACCCACGUGUCGCUCGCGGGCUACGCGAUCCUGGCAGGCAUCGCCACCGUGUUCCUCCCCGGCAUCUUCCCGCAGAUCAGGUUCUACCACGUGGCCGUGUGCUACGCCAUGGCGCCCCUCCUGGCGUUCUGCAGCUCCUACGCUUCGGGCCUCACGGACUGGUCCCUCGGCACCAUCUACGGCAAGCUCGCCAUCUUCAUCUUCGGCGCGUGGGUCGGCGAGGCGUCUGGCGGCGCGAUCGCCGGCCUCGUGGCCGGCGGCGUGGUGGUGGUCGUCAUCGGCAACUCCUCCGAGCUCAUGCACGACUUCAAGUCGGCGUACCUGACGCUGACCUCGCCGCUGUCCAUGUUCGCCAGCCAGGUGAUCGGCACCACGCUGGGCUGCAUCCUCAACCCGCUCCUCUUCCUGGGCUUCCAGGAGAUGGCCGGCGGCGCGGACCACCUGGGGGAGGCCGGGUCGCUCUACGCCGCGCCCAUGGCCAUGGCCUACCGCGGCAUCGCGGACCUGAGCGUGGAAGGCAUCAAGACGCUGCCCAGGCACUCCGUCAUGCUCUGCGUACCUUGCUUCCUCGUGGCGCUGUGCGUGGAUGCCCUGGCGGCCGUCGCCGCGGCCAACGGCUGGAGGAUCAAGGGCUACGUCCCAAACAUCAUGGCCAUGGCCAUCCCCUUCUUUGUGGGGCCGACCUUCGCCAUAGACAUGUGCCUGGGGAGCCUCCUAGUCAUCCUGUGGAGGAGAAGGAACAAGCAGGCAGCGAACCUGCUGUCGGUCGUGGUGGCGUCUGGUUUGAUCUGUGGCGAUGGGCUCUGGGCGCUGCCGUCUUCGCUGCUGGCCAUCUUCAAGGUGGAGCCGCCUAUGUGCAUGAAGUUCCUGUCCAACUACCAGACUGAGCAGAUGCGGAAGCACCUCAUCCUAGCAGCAGCUGCACGCCGAAGAACAAGUUAAUUGUUGUACCCUUACUUGUUUGAGAACGAGGAAUGAGAAUGGAUUGUUUAGUAGCUAGCCACACCCACACACUCCUCCUUGUUUUCCAAGAUAAAAUAGGCUUGAUAGCUCGAUCUAGAAUCUAGAUAGAUAAAACAGCACACACGUCUCUUGCUUCUUGCAAGCGUCUAAAUCACCAGAUUAUGCUUUAUGAUUCUACUUGUACAAACAUUUAGCUCCUGCUAUAGUAAAACUACACAAUAGUUUAUAGUCAAUGAAAAACAUAUAAAAAGGUCA